AAGACGGAUCAAAUCAAUCAACCAGAUAUAAUAGAUUAAAAAAUAAAAAUCCACAACCCUAGCCUGCCUGCCAUGACGCGGGACGGCGUGCCACCGGCGGCGCCUGCCGGCGGCGGUGCGGGGGACGGGCCGAGGCGGUGCUCGCAGUGCGGGCACCACGGGCACAACUCCCGCACAUGCACGGCGCGCCCCGUGAAGCUCUUCGGCGUGCGCAUCGGCGACAAGCCAAUCAGGAAGAGCGUCAGCAUGGACAACCUCGCGCAGCUCGCGGAGGGUAGCGGCGGUGCCAGGGCCGAGGGGUACGGCUCCGAGGGCGACGACGACAAACCCCACAGGAAGCGAGGUGAGUCAUGGUCAGAAGAGGAGCACAAAAAAUUUCUACUUGGAUUGAACAAAUUAGGAAAAGGUGAUUGGCGUGGCAUAUCCCGUAAUUAUGUUGUCUCGAGGACACCUACUCAAGUUGCUAGCCAUGCUCAGAAGUAUUUCAUUCGCCAAACAAAUGUUAAUAGGAGAAAGAGAAGAUCAAGCCUCUUCGAUAUGGUUAUUGAGGAUCCUGGUGACCAGCCACUCUCCCGUUCAUCGUCACAAGAGAUGCCGCUCUCCCGUUCAUCUUCACAAGAUGUAGAAGAGUUCGUAGAUGAUCUACGGCCUGUUACUGCUCCUGUGACACCACCCGCUCCUAUGCCCGUGAUAACAUCUGUUUCUGUCCCACCACCAGUGCCAGUAAUGGCACCACCUGCUCCUGUGCCUAUGCUAACAUAUGCAUCAGCCCCAUCGCCAGUUCUAGCAAUGGCACAUCAACCUCAGGGCAAUGAAUCGGCUGGUUCAAGUUCAAUUGCUGGAGAAGCAGGGAUGGUGAUGCCACAAGUGAUGCCCCCAUAUGGUUAUCCUCCUCCAAUGAUGAUUCCUGCACCUCACUAUGUCCAAGCAGUUUUUCCGUAUCCAUACUAUGGCUAUGCUCCAAUGUUCUAUGGGCCACCAGUCUCUAUGCAAGCAUCAUCACCAGUUACAGUACAAGCAUCACAUGAGCCUGUCAGGCCUGUUGCUGUCCACUCAGCUCCCCCGGUAAAUGUUGAAGACCUGUACAACAUGUCCAAACUCAACCUGAAGGGUGACUCAAGUACCAGCGGUGUUGCGCCUAACUUGGCGUUGCCUCCAAAUCCAAACGGGAGACCAGAGAGGCAAUCUGCUUUCCAUGGAAAAGGGGCUGAGAAUGGCUCAUCGAACGGACUAAUCCCGACAAAAUGAUUCUGUGGCUAGACCUUUAAUGUGUAUGUAAACCUUAGCUAUUUAUUAUAGUAAAAUCAUGAUAUAGCUUUCUUGGUCAUGUUCCGUGAGUAAAUUUACUGUUAGUCUGUCAUCAAGGUUGCAUUUGUGUUUUGCCCUAUUGAUUUUCCCAAAUUCA